UAAUACUACUCUGUUUGUUAAUCUGUAAAAGGGAUCACAGAUCGGAGGGGAUUUGACCGUUUUCGUUUUUUGGACUCUUCUUCCCAGUAAUGCCCCUGGUUCUAGGGUUAUAUUACUGGUAGUUCAUUUUCUCGGAGGAACGCUGAGCUCGACCAAGUCGACUCGGGUUGUGACUCAGACAAUGUACAGUGGGUCCAUUGAUGGCGAAAGCCACGAGGCUUCGCAGCGCAAGAUCCCGCCGGCUUCGUCCAUGCUUUGGGUCCGAAAUCUCCGCCGGUUCAUUGGAUCCGGUGCCGGACUCGGAUCCGAAGCCCUAAUGGAGCUUGAAACAAAGAGAAUCUUGCUUGAUAUAUUUAAAGAGAAGCAACAAAAAAGUGCUGAUGCUGGCACAAUCCCGAGUUUCUAUAAGAAGAAACCUGAAGAAGGAUCCAUCAGUCACAGGGUCCAGAGGCUGGCAAAAUAUCGGUUUUUAAAGAAACAAUCAGAUCUUCUGCUAAAUGCUGAUGAUCUAGAUGCAAUGUGGGUUUGCCUACGAGAAAAUUGUGUGAUUGAUGAUGCUACUGGUGCAGAAAAGAUGAAUUAUGAAGAUUUUUGCCACAUUGCCUCUGUAUGUACAGAGCAAAUAGGCCCAAAAUGCAGACGCUUUUUUAGCCCUUCAAAUUUUAUGAAGUUUGAGAAAGAUGAGUCAGGAAGAAUUGCCAUUCUGCCCUUCUACCUUUAUGUGAUGCGUACGGUCUCGCUUACACAGGCCAGAAUUGAUAUGAGUGAGCUUGAUGAGGACUCUGAUGGUUUUCUACAACCUCAUGAAAUGGAAAACUAUAUACGAGGCCUUAUUCCUAAUUUAGCACAACUACGGGAUAUGCCUGCAGCUUUUAUUCAAAUGUAUUGCCGCAUAGCUGCACACAAAUUUUUCUUCUUUUGUGAUCCUCAUAGACGAGUGUUUCUUACAGGUAAAGCCUGCAUUAAAAAGGUGCUGCUUAGUAACUGUCUCCAGGAACUGAUGGAACUGCACCAGGAAAGUGAGGAAGAAGUCACUGACACUGAACAAGCUGAAAACUGGUUCUCCUUGACAUCUGCACAACGCAUAUGUGACAUGUUUCUUGCUUUAGAUAAAGAUAUGAAUGGAACAUUGAGCAAGCAGGAGCUUCGAGAAUAUGCAGAUGGGACACUGACUGAAAUUUUCAUUGAAAGGGUAUUUGAUGAGCACGUCCGCCGUGGCAAAACUAGCGGAGGAAAUUCUAGGGAGAUGGAUUUUGAAAGCUUUCUGGACUUUGUACUGGCCCUAGAAAACAAAGACACUCCUGAAGGGUUGACUUAUUUGUUUCGGUGUCUUGAUCUUCAAGGAAGGGGUUAUCUUACAACAGCUGAUAUUCAUUCUCUCUUCAGGGAUGUGCACCAUAAAUGGAUUGAGGGUGGGAACUAUGAAUUGUGUAUUGAGGAUGUAAGGGAUGAAAUCUGGGAUAUGGUCAAGCCAGCUGACGAGCUAAGGAUUACAUUGUCAGAUCUACUUUCUUGCAAACAGGGUGGGACUGUCGCCAGCAUGCUUAUAGAUGUGCGUGGUUUUUGGGCCCAUGACAAUAGAGAGAAUCUUCUCCAAGAAGAGGAAGAGCCAGAAGAAGAAUGACAUACAUCUACCAUGUGCAAACUGCCCCUGUACUAACCCAAAACUGGUGUCUGAAACCAAGUUGAGUUUUUGUAGUGUGAUGAGUGACGACUUUGAUGUGUUACUGCUUUUCUUUUUGUAUGUAGAUUGCAGAAUUUGCUGUGUAUGUUGAUGUUACAUGUGUAUAAGAAUAAUGUAUUUUUUUAGCCAUUGAUUGGAAUCAUUGGACUCCAAAGGAAAUGCUGAAAAAAUGGGAAUUCCUUCUCUUUCUUUU